CUUUGGCCACAGCCAGUCAAUGGGAUUAAAAGUGACAAACAUCUUUUUGUUUCGUGCUGACAUCAUGAACUUGUUUUUAUUCGUUCUUCUGGUCGUGCAAAUGCACAGCGUGACGCCUGUGAUUCACACGCUGCAGUAUUUCGAAACUGCGUCCUCUCAAGUUCCAAACUUCCCAGAGUAUGUGAGUGUUGGUUAUGUUGAUGGAGUUGAGAUUAGUUACUAUGACAGCAACAUCAGGAAAGAAGAAUCCAAACAGGACUGGAUGAACAAAAUCACAGCAGAGGAUCCAAAAUACUGGCAGAGACAAACAGAGAUCAGUGUUCGUAGUGAGUUCAUUAACAAACACAACCUUGAAGUUCGUAAGAAGCGUUUCAACCAAACUGGAGGUGUUCACAUUGUCCAGUUGAUGUAUGGAUGUGAAUGGAAUGAUGAGACUGAUGAGGUUAAAGGUUGGCAGCAGGAAGGUUAUGAUGGAGAAGAUUACAUAUCGUUGGACAUGAAGACAUGGACAUAUACUGCAGCAAAACCACAAGCUUUCCCUGACAAACUCAAGUGGGACCAGAACAUAUUUAUACUAGACGACAAUAAGUAUUAUUACACUGAGCGUUGUCCUUCUUACUUGAAGAAGUAUGUGAAGAAUGGGAAGAAGGUCCUAAUGAGAACAGAGUUUCCAGAGGUGUUCCUCCUCCAGAAGACGCCAUCCUCUCCAGUCACCUGCAUGGCGACAGGUUUCUACCCCGACUCUGCCGACUUGUUUUGGAGGAAAGACGGCGAGCAGAUCUUCGAGGACGUGGAGCACGGAGAGCUGCUCCCCAACCACGACGGAACCUUCCAGAUGUCGGUGGAGCUGAAAGUGGAGGUGACGGCCGAGGUGGAGGGCAAGUACGAAUGUGUGUUCCAGCUGUCUGGCGUCAAAGAGGACCUGGUCACCAAGCUGGAGAGAAGAAGCAUCCUGAGCAACGCAAGCCAUGAAGGUGAGAAAGACACAUUUAGUUGGAGAUGUUUCCCAUCACAAGUCCACCUGUCACCAUUAUUGAUCCAUGAUGUGGAAGGUGUGGAGGAGAGCAUGAAUACGGACAAUGUGGAGACAAUAUACUGGUCAAGUGUUGUAACUGUGGCGGGAAUCACACAGCAGCGUAUGGAGGAUGUGUCAUUAGGAACCAGGCAACAGAAGUACAGCAAAAAAGAGUACACUCCAAAACUCCUGGAGCUCUUCAGUGCAAAAGGAGGAGUGACUGGUCAGCGCAUCAAGAACUUGUUGAUGGAACUGAUACAGGACCCAAGUGCCUCUGCAGUGAUGAAGAGAGAUGUGACUCUGAGAUGCCACGGAGACUACAUGGGAGAGAGUGGACAGGAGCUAAUCUCUGACUACUGUGGAAGUGCAGAGACCACUGUUCAUGAGGACCUGGAAAUGAAGAAUAUGAGCAUCUACAUCUGUCGUGAGCCAAAUGCAGUAGGAAUCAUCAUUGAGGGAGUACCAGUCCUUACUCAUCUUGGAAACCUGGCCAAAGCCUGCUGCCUACCUCUGGGGUUGACAGAGAGAGAUUCCGACGGCAAGGACUUCGCACCUCGACGUAUAGUGGGCGUGGCCAUGGAGCUCGUCAAACAACGUCCGCACCGAUACCCGUUGUCGAUGCCUUGCCGAUAUCACGGGAGGAGGAACCCAUGCAGCUUGGAGGGAAUCGUCUCUCUCAAGCAGAGAGAGAUCGUCGCCUUCGUCUUCUGCUUUGUCUAUAUUGCGGAAAAGCUGAGCAUCGCAUCUACCACUGUCCUCAUCGUCCUGCACGCCGUCGCACUCAAGCGUCACCUCGUAUAA